AUGUUACAGCCUUGCGAACACUGCCCCUACACAUCAGCUUACGAAUAUCAAUGGAUGAACAAACCGAUUAUCUUGGCUGCUGACAGGACCAGCAAUGGAAUGUAUAAUCUCAUUAUCCCUUUGAGGUACAGCAUAAGAGUUCUACAGUAUACAGGCCGGACUAAAAGAGCAUACUACCGCCCUGUUCAUGAGUUACAUCCUAUCGUUCUGCUGCUAGAACUAGAGGAAACAUCAAGUCCAAAUCCCGCAUUUCUAGAUGCCAUCUCUUACUUCCCUGGAAUAUACUGGAUGCAGGGUAGGAUUUCGGUGUAA